UCUAUCUAUCUAUAUAUAUAUAUAUAUAUAUAUAUGACGCUGUUCUGUGGUUAGAAUGAUGGGUUGUCUAGUUCUGUGCACAUUGCUCGCUAGCUUCCCUGAUCUGAUAUUUACUGUGAACGACUAACUCAGUAAUGGAAACUACUCGUGGUCAGUGUCGGUCCUGCUUAGGUGUGAGUUGUAGUUAAUCGUUUUUUGUGCUUAGUCACUAAGUUUAGUCGUCGUCGUCGUGACUGGUCGAGUGACCUAAUUGCAGAAUGCGGUAUUUUUUACUUUAUUUUUCUUGUUCCCGCAAGAGGUUGUUUCGACAGGCCUUACGACGAUAGAAGAACGGAAUUCCCUUUUGCAGGGAGCCGUUUAUUAUAUGCAAUGGGCAUCAGCUCUCGUGUGUGUGUGUGAAGAAUACCUACUAGUUUGCUUGUUUUUAAUCUGAAAAAGUGCUGUUCGCUUGCAGUGCAAUGGAUCCAUGCAUCGUUUUUCACCCUAGUUGUGCCGAAUUUUUAUGGCCUCAUCGCAGAUCUAGGCAUUUGCAAGGCUGAUGAAGGAUUGUUGCAGAAGAAAAGAUUGUAAGGUUGACAUGCGUAGACUUUAGAGCUGGUGCAAUGGCCAGGCUGAAGUUCUUGAUCACGUAGUCCCUGGUCCACCACCGAAAAUGGACAGGUUCAGGAAGAGCGCGAAUAAGUUGCGCGACCAGGUUGUUAAGCAGCAACAUGCCGUUCUAAAGCAGUUAGGAGGGCAUGCAUCAGGCAGCGACAUAAUCAUUGAUGAGGUUGAGCUACUGCGACACCAGCAACUUGAGAAGGCUUACGCGUCUACCAGGGCUGCAAAACAUUUCCAGAGAGAGGUGGUAAGAUGUGUGGAAGGAAUCAUCAGUAAUGGUAACAAGCAACUGGAAGUUGCAAACAAACUGGCAGAUGAGUGUAAAAAGUAUGGAACUGAGGGUCCUGAGAUUGGCAUGGUUCUUUCUAAACCCUCUUUGCAAUAUGGUACAGCCAAAAUCCAGAUGGACAAGGAGCAGGAUUCUAUGCUUUUGGCCCUAAACACAGAAGUGGCAGAGCCUUUGAGGGCAAUGUUCAAUGGCUCACCUUUGGAAGACGCUAGGCAACUGACACAGCGUUACGACCGCUUACGUCAAGAAGCAGAAGUUCAGGCAGGUGAGGUCAGCAAACGGAGAACGAAAGAGUCAGGUGGUGUGGAUAGUGUCGUAAAGCUGCAAGUAGCUGAAACGAAGAUGCAGGAGCUCGCAUCAUCAAUGGCAGUUUUGGGAAAAGAAGCAACAUCUGCUAUGUUAGCUGUAGAAGCUCAACAGCAGCGUCUUACCGUUCAGCGGAUCAUUGCACUGGUACAUACUGAGCAGGCCUAUCAUAAACGGGUUGCUGAAAUCCUGGACCAGCUUCAGGAUCAAUUAGUAUCUGAACUGCAACACAGUGAGGCAAGGGUGCCAUCUUCUGGAGCAGCUGCGGAAGCGCCUAUUUUUGUGGAUGCAAAUAUGGGUAAUUCGGCUUAUUCCAAACACAGCCAAUCUAGCAAUUACAUCCUUGCGGAAGUGUUUAACCCUUUCGAAGCAGAGAGCCACGGAGAACUUUCAUUAUCUGUCGGAGACCAUGUUGUUGUGCGUCAAGUGGUCCCAUCCGGCUGGUCAGAGGGAGAAUGCAAAGGUCAAGCAGGGUGGUUUCCAUCAUCAUGUGUGGAAGCUAGGCAGCGGGUGUCUGGAGUUGCAGUUUAUGAAGGUUACAUUGCUUUGUAAUUUCCUCCUGAAAUAGCAUUUUUUUAGCAAGCAGUAUUUGAUGACUAUACUUCAAACAUUGAUCUCGUAAAUCCCCCCCCCCCCCUCGGAGCACCAUGGGCGGUAAUGAUUGGCUUUUCCUUUUAAAAUCAAGCAUUGAUACUCCUCUUAAUUGAUCCA